AUGGUUGAUUCUCCAGCAAGACCGGCCACAAAACCGGCCACAAAGCCGACCGUUGACGAGCGACUGGCGAUACGUCGUCGCGGAUCCGCCCGGAUCGCCGCCCGCCCUCGCUCGUCUUCGCAGCCCUCAGAUUAUGCCCCGGAGACUAACGCACCUGGACCCACGGAACCCAACCCCGGGACGUUCUGGGAGACGACCGGAAGCCAGGAACCGGGAGUCUCAACUCCGGCCGCAGCCCCGACUCUGGCUGCGGUUACUCAGACUGUGGCCCCGAUUCUGACUGCACCCUUGGUUCUGACUCCAGACCUGACUCCAGCAGCGGUUCCGACUCCGACAGAGGCUCCGACCCGGAAAGCCUCUGUUUCAUCGAGAGGCCAGUCUAGGCCCGUGGAAGAGCCCACCUCCAUCCCGCGCCCUGUGCCAAAGAGUCCCGCGGCCUCUACGCCCGUUAGCCAGGUCAUCAGUCAGGCCGCCGCCCCUGACCAAUUUAAAGAUAAAGGCGAGGCCAGCGUCCAACCCCAGCAACCCCCAGCGGCAGACCGGGGAGAUCGCAAGGACGCGGAGCCCGAGCAGAAAGAGGGGGCACACUUUGCAGCCAACGAACUGAAGACUAUCCUCAAACCAUUGGCGGACGCGCAGGAGGCGGCUGGCUUGGCCGGGCCAUCCACCCCGAAGCCAUCAGGCAUCCCGAACCUAGCACAACCCGAUGACCCACCAUCCCCCCCUGGGCCCCCUUUUCCGGCCCCGCCGAUGAAACAUGACCCCGAACGGUACUCCAAGCCGGUCGAUAAAUAUGCCGUUCGCCCUGAUACCCCAACCUCCACAAGCCCGAAAAACGAGGUCGCAGUGAAUGAACCUGGGUUGGAGGUGAUGGAUUAG